CGAUGCUGAGAAAGCAGCAUGCUGCUCGGUCUGCAGUGAAAGAAGUAAAGCACGCCGGAAGUGGAUGGCUCUCCUUUUCAGAAUCAAUAUUUGAGCGUCAGGGUGCCACCAAAGCAGCAUUUCUUCGUCAUAUUUUCAACAGCCGCCACCGCCCGAGUGUCCCCUUGCGUCAUGUCGAGCUUCCAGCGGCUCCAGGCGGCCGUCAACGAGCGUCUGCGCGCGGCCGCCGAGGAGAUCUUUGAGGCGGUCAGAGGUACCAUCGUCGGCCUGGAGGACGAACUGCUGCGCUCGAGGCUGGAGCUCGAGCGACACCAAAGACUUGCAGAACACAAAGAUACAGUCCAGCUGUCUGUGUCGGUGCCACCUGGAUGUCUGGAGAUGCAGGACGAGGAUGAAGAUAAGAGAGAAGACGAGCCAUGCGAUCGCGACUGGAAAGCGCCGCUCGAGCAGGAUCCGACCACUGUUGACCGGAGUGUGAAAGCAGACGAUAAGAUGAGCAGCUCCCCCGUUCCGUGCGACCAUGACAACAACGAGGUGGCGCACCAAGUGGAAGUGAUGUGCAAUGGCGACAUCGGCAACGGUGACGACGACCAAGCGUCGCUAAACACGCCAGGCCAGGACAGCGACGAGGAGUGGCAGCCCAGCGAGAGCGACGAGUCGAAGAAGAAAUCGGCGCGCAAGGCCAAGGCCGCCUUUAGCUGCAAAGUUUGCGGGAAGAGCUUCCAUGCUGUCAUCUCGCUGGCCAAUCACAGCGAGGUGCACCCCAAGGAUGUGUGCGGUGUGUGCGGCCAAUGCUUCGACUCGGAUGAGAGCUUCGAGCGCCACGUCAAGACGCAUCUGAGGGGCAAGGUGUGCGACGUGUGCGGCAAAGGCUUCGGCACGGCCAAGGCGCUGGAGAUGCACGCCCGCGUGCACACGGGCGAGAAGCCCUUUGAGUGCGGCGACUGCGGGAAAGCCUUCAACUGUCGCCACAACCUGACCAGACACAUGCGCCGGCAUACGGGAGAGAAACCCUACACCUGCCAGGUAUGCGGCCAGCAAUUCAGUGACCAUUCCACCAGGAAGCGCCAUCUGCUGGCCCAUGAGAGCAUCGCGGACUGUGAGCCAAGGGAGUGCCAGGGCGGCGGCGUCCAGCAGCCCAAGGGGGGUGGCGCGGUGUGCGUGGUGUGCGGUAAAAGCUUCCACGCCGUCAUUUCUCUGGUCAACCACACCGCCGAGCACCACUCUGACUGCGGUGUGUGCGGCGCCCAAGCCGACGACCUGGCGGCGCACCUACAGACGCACGGCAGCGGCAAAGCCUGCGAGGUGUGCGGCAAACGCUUUGACAGUUCUCGUGACCUGGACACACAUAUGCGCGUGCACACGGGCGAGAAGCCCUUCGUGUGCGGCGACUGCGGCAAAGCUUUCAACUGCCAACACAACAUGCGGCGCCACAUGCGCACGCACACGGGCGAGCGGCCCUAUGCCUGCGACCAGUGCGGCAAGCUCUUUAACGACCACUCGGCCCGGAUGCGCCACCUGCUCCUGCACCGGAAGAAGGAGACGGCGGCGGGGCCGAGCCCCUCCAAGAGGAGCCGCGUCAUCUGUGUGGUGUGUGGUCGCAUGUUCCACUCACUGGUGGCGCUGGUCAACCACUGCGACGGCCACCAGACAGACUGCGGCAUUUGCGGGGCUCACGCCGACGCCGGCGAGCAGAUGAAGGCCCACCUGGCCACGCACCGAAACGGCAAAGUGUGCGAGGUGUGCGGCAAAUGCUUCGACGGCCGCAGGGAUCUGGACACGCACAUGCGGGUGCACACGGGCGAAAAGCCCUUCCAGUGUAGUGUGUGCGGGAAGGCCUUCAACUGUCAACACAACAUGACGCGACACCUGCGCACGCACACGGGCGAGAAGCCGUACGCGUGCAGCGUGUGCGGACGGCGUUUCAGCGACCGCUCGGCUCUGAGCAAGCACGGCGACGUGCACACGGGCCAGAAGGCGCACGAGUGCCAAGUGUGCGGGAAGGCCUUCUUCCGUAAGGCCAACCUCAGGUUGCACAUGAAGUGCCACGGCGACCAAUGGUGACGCCAAGCAACCCCCCCUCCCAAAAAAAGAAAUUUGGCUAUUUUUGAGGCAAAUUCUAGUUGGUCCUACAGAAAACCUGCUGCAUCACCUUGUUAACAGUUAACAUAACACAUCUUGCAGAAAAACAACACCAAAGACAAUUUGAAUGUUGAUCCAAGUAACACUGCUACUACAAUUGGUCAACUUUUAAUAAACCUUUAUUCAGA